ACGGCCGGUGUGCAGGCGGGAUGCUGACCGAAAAGAACACAGCUGCUCCUGCCAACUGCGCUGCGUUAUAGAUAGUAGUGAUACGUAGGAUGAGGUUUAAUCAGCUGUUGUAUCGUAGUGUAAACAUCAACAUGCAAGAGUCCGGACACAUCAACCGCCUCCUCCUGUCCUGACAGCCCCGCGGCGCGGUCUGCAUCUGACACAGACGUCCGCUGUCCGCGGUACCAACGGGUCGCAUCCGUCCUGCCGGCUGGCUGGGUCGGUCUGUCUUAGUCUCCGGACCGUAGAUCGAUCUUCGCCUUUAUGUGACAGUCCUGUCGCGUUGAUUGGCGUGUGAGACAAAAGGGGACUGAUGCUGUUCCCCUCUUUGAAUUUGUGAGAUCACCUUUGCGGUUCACCUUGGAAAUACACUUUAAAUAAAAAACCUUGAAAGGUCAAUGGAUCGCAUGCAACAGAAACAAAUCAGCACCAACACUUGUGGGCCCAAAAUGCAACCCGGACACUGUGCUUUGAUCAGAGUCGAUCCGGCUUUACCUCCACAGCUCGCAAUCAAGGAACCACCUCUCGUUAGCCCAUCUGAGGUGCUCAUGAAACAGUCUGGAUUGAGCCCCAUGCAGGCUGCAGAACAAAUGCAGUCAGGGCAGCCAGAGUCUGGGUCCACCCUAGUGAGCAUAUGCCGGCCAAGACCAACUGCUCUCGGAACUAAACCUGCUCCAAAGUCAACCAGAAUCUCAGUGGACCCCUCCAAGGAAAUAGAUUUGAUCCCAGUUUGUAUCCCGGGACCUCAGAGUGCCAACGUCCUGUCGUAUUCCCCGUCAGAGUCCUCCUUCUGCCAUCACAGUCCUCAGAGUCCCCACGGUCUUCAGUCUCACACCAGCAGGCCUCACCUGAGCCCCAAUCCCAGCCUGUCCUCCAGCCUCAGCCCCAAACCCAGCCUCAGUCCUCAGCCACAGAGGAUGCCCUCACCUGGGAGCUCCACACAGAGCCAAGUGCAGUCCGAGAAGCCAGCAGAAGAGAACAAUGACUUCAGGGUGUACAUCGUCACAUGGAACGUGGGAUCAGCUGUCCCGCCAGAUGACAUAAUUUCUCUGUUCGGACCAAAUGUUUCAGAUGGGAGCGUUGACAUGUUUAUCAUCGGACUGCAGGAAGUCAACUCCAUGAUAAACAAGCGGCUGAAGGAUGUUCUUUUUUCAGACCAGUGGAGUGAGCUUUGCAUGGACACACUCUGUCCUUUUGGAUAUGUUUUGGUGGCGUCCCAGCGUAUGCAGGGAGUGCUGCUGCUGGUAUUCUCUAAAUUUUGCCAUCUUCCAUUCCUCAGAGGUGUGCAGACAGAGAGUACACGCACAGGACUCGGAGGAUAUUGGGGGAAUAAAGGGGGUGUCAGCGCGAGGAUGACAGUGUUUGGCCACCCGGUGUGCUUUCUCAACUGUCACCUGCCAGCUCACAUGAGGAACCUGGAGCAGCGGAUGGAGGACUUUGAAAGCAUCCUGCAGCAGCAGCAGUUUGAAGGAGGCACUGCAACUGGUGUACUGGACCACGAUGUCGUAUUUUGGUUAGGGGAUUUAAAUUUCCGCAUUGAAGACUAUGACAUCCAUGUGGUGAAAUGUGCCAUCGACAGCAAUAAGCUUCCUCUUCUGUGGGAGCGAGAUCAGCUCAACAUCGCUAAAAACACAGAGUCCAUUCUUGAAGGCUUCAUUGAGGGACCACUCAACUUCCCUCCCACGUAUAAGUUUGAUGUGGGCACUCAUACGUAUGACACCAGUGCUAAGAAAAGGAAACCUGCCUGGACAGAUCGCAUCCUCUGGCGCCCUCGUCGUACCGGCUCCCCAGUUCCUACCCACAAUGCAGCACUGCAGCGGGGUCUGACUUCGUGGUUGGGUGGGGCGACUAAAGUCACACAGCAUGUGUACCGAAGUCACAUGGGCUACACCAUCAGCGACCACAAGCCUGUUUCUGCUAUGUUUUCACUACAUUUCCCAUUUAAGGUGGAUAUGCCCCUGGCAGAGCUGCAGGUAAACAAGGAGUGGUGUAAAGUCUCAGAUGCUACAGUUAGAUUCACUGUAGCAUCGACUUAUCAGCGAAGCUCAUGGGACUGGGUAGCAAUAUACAAGGUUGGAUUCAGACAUCACAAAGAUUACCAGGCAUACAUAUGGGCCAAGGGAGAGCAUGCAACACAGGUGACAUUUACAGAGGAGGAUUUGCCGAGAGAUGAUUGUGAAUACAUCCUGGGUUACUACAGUAAUAAUAUGAACAGCAUUGUUGGACUGUCAACACCAAUUAAGAUCAAGAUUCCAGUCCACAGCCCCACCGCUCUUCGCUCAGACAGCUUAGACAUCAGCUCAGAAGAUGACAGCACUCUGGUUUUGCUGGCUCCAAACUCCCGCAGCCCAAGCCCUAAACCCGGCAAACACCACCAUCGCCAUCGUCGUAGCCGCAGCCCUGCUGUUCCUGCUCUUUCCUCCAACCCCCUCCCCUCCCUGCAGACCCUCAGCCUCUGUCCUCGCUCCAAAGAAGGCCAGACUCACAGCCGUUCACCCUGCUCUGCUGCUAAGAAGGAGCGACUGGUCUCUCCCGAAACUGUGGUGUCCCCCGUCAUCAGUCCACUCAGUCCACGCAGUCCUGUGUCUCCAGGUGGUGGGGUGACUGCACCAGAGGCCCUGAUCGCUGCCAUCUUAGGUGAACACAGACCAGCUCAGGUUAGCCCCACAGGAGUCAAACCGAUAGGAAAGACAGGGGACACAGACAAUGCAUAGAAUACAAACAUCAAUAGUUUAAAGGAGGUGAUGUACAAGAGGAAUGAUGGCAAUAUCCAUGCAGUCAGAGUCUGAUUGGAUCCCACAAAGUCACUGUGCUCAUAGAAGCAGCACAUUUAGUGACUCCUAAUGUAGUUUGCAAACAUUCCACAUUGUGGCUCUGCAAUUCUCUGUCUCUGAAUCGACCAUCAUCUCAUACACUAUGUGUAUCUUGGACUCAAAGAUGUGUCCAGACUCCCAACGACAAGUGCUUUUAUAGACUCAUAAGCUAUAUCAUAUGUAAACAAACAUAUUGAAUGUGAAACCAAAGUCAGAGUGAACCUGUGAUUGAUGUGACCAGUUAGACUGA